AUGGCGAUCGCAUACGAGCUGCCGCAAGACGUGUUGAUGGAGAUCUUGUCUCGUCUCCCUGUGAAAACCCUGCUUAGAUUCAAGUCGGUCUCCAAAAACUGGUACUCUCUCAUCCAAAACCCUCACUUCAUCUCCCUCCACCGCACCCGUGCCGGACUCUACUACUGCGUCUCCCUCGUAUGCACUGCAGAAAAUCUCCCCAGCCAAUGGUCCAUGUAUUUACUCCCCGACGAAACUUCAAUCCAAUAUCUAGAUCUCUCUUUCGCCAGGCGCCACCUUAAUAAGGGUUUCGGCCACCAAGGCUAUUGUAACGGCCUCAUGUGUCUCUCUUUGAACUCCAAUAUCUUGAUAUGCAACCCUGCGACGAGAGAAUGUAGGCUACUCCCUCGACCCCCUUAUCAUGAGUGGCAUACGAGUUAUCUAGGGUUUGCUUUUGAUUCAAAAACUAAUGAUUAUAAAGUGGUUAGAGUCACUGGUGACCCCGCACGUGUUGGUCAUAAAAUUCAUAUUUAUGUCAUGAGUGCAGAUUCGUGGAGAGAAAUCGUUGUCGUGGCGCCCAAGCACAGCUUCACCGGUUGUCAUCAUCAUCCUUGCACGUCAUUGGAUGGGGUUUUCUAUUGGUUGAGUUUCUACUCGUCGGGUUCUCCGUUAUAUGGUCGUGUCCACGAUAUUGAUGUCUUAAACACUGUUGAAGGAUCAUUCAAACGGAGAUCCUUACCUGCCGACAUUGGCUAUGGAUGUCGGACUAGAAUCUGUGUUCUGAAUGAUUCCCUUGCCCUUGUUGUGCCAGAGUAUGACUACAAGCGAGGAGAGACGCAGUUUGACGUAUGGUUAGUGGAUGAAUACGAAGUUGAGGAGUGUUGGACUAAAACGUACAGUAUUGGGCCCUUCUCAGGAAAGCACACUCCAUUUGAGUUUUCGCAAAAAAAUGAGGUUCUUUUGACGGGGUGCGAGAAUGGGUUGAUUGUGUUGUACAACCUUAGUACACGGGACAUAAAAGAAUACAAACAGUUAUGCAAUUUUCCAGGACUGGAGUCCAUAGUACAAGUUUUUCCAUACUCAGAGAGCUUAGUGUCUGUCAAGAGAUGA